UAGUCAAUUGGUGAAAAGAACAUUGACGAAGGGCCGUGGUAACAAACACAAGACCGCGUAUGUCCGUGCGCACAGACUGCAUUUUACGCAUCAGGGAGACGGUGAUUUCAGAUUGGCAGAAAGGGGAGGGGCAGCAACCUUGUGUAGUCUGGGUAGAAGUACGCGCCUUCUGAGCGGUCUGUUGUGUUAUUACAUAUGUACGACUGCUUCCGUAGUAGCCGAAAUAGGCUACUCUUGCUGCUGUCCAGUGAAUUGAACUAAAAUUGAUGCCACCACCGAUAUGGCGUAUUGCUUAACAUUGCAGCAGUCUACGUUGGCCAACCUGUGCCAGAUGCUUUCUAAAAUCCACGGCCCUCUAACACCGGCGUGGCUGUCAUCUUAGAAGUUUAAUCAACAUUUGUCUAGCAUGAGUGGCGCGGUAAUUGUUUCAAUAACUUUGUAUUUGCUAAGCUGACGUGUCAGUCCACAAAUGCAAAGAUGGGGAAAACAAUUGUGUUUUGAAAUGUGUGUUUCUGAGCUUUGCCUUUGGCAACGGUCAACACGGAGGAGAUUUCUGAGAGAGGUGUGUCAUCUCGGUUUGGAAACACUAUCCAUUGUUCCACUUCAACGCGUACGAAACACACCUAUUUUGGAUUUCUGACCAACCAUGUAGACCUGACUGCUCUCCACCCCGCCCACUAAUCUAUAUUAAAGCCUCCUCCAUCGCAUGCUGAAAGCACGGCCAUAUUACCAGUGAUCUUCAGCGGGCUCCUGGUGGAUUAUACUUUUCUUUUUUGUGUCCUGUAUAUUAAACAAUUUAACAUAAGCCAUGGCAGACACAAAAGUAGACUCCGCAACUGAAAUCUCAGCCAAGGAUCUGAAAGAGAAGAAACUUUUGGAAGAGAAGGAGAAGAAUGGAAAGGAUGCUGCUACCAAUGGAAAGGAGAACGAGGAGAAUGGUGAACCUGAGCUUGAUGACGAAGAUGAUGAUGAAGUUGACGAGGAAGAAGAGGACGAAGAUGGAGAGGGAGAUGAGGAAGAUGACGACGAAGAUGAUGAUGAUCUCGGUGGUGGCACGAAACGGGCAGCAGAGGAUGAUGAUGAUGAAGAUGACGAGGAUGAUGUAGACCCCAAGAAGCAGAAAACCGACGACGACGACUAAGACACACGCACCUCUAUCCUGCUGAACUGUUCGAAGCCUCUACUUCAGUUCCACCGUUGGGCUUGUACAGAACUCAGAUAUGACAUAAACAUUAUAAUAGAAAAAAAAAAUCAUGAAAACAUGGUCAUCAUCAAGCAACGCUCGCCAUCCGUGCACAACCAACCCGACUGCAAAUUUUUUCUCCAGGGAGAACCACGACAGAUUCCAACAAGUGUCUCAACGACAUUCUCAACGGCAAACAUAAAACUGAAAUUUGUUUGCGUUUUUAUUUACAUUUUCUAUUUUUGUACAUAUUGUUAUGAGGUCAGCCACUUGAUCAUGAUCUCCUGUGACCAAAAUUGGUGCUUCUGUAUGAAAUAUAACCUGUUCCACCAUUUCUCAGUUACAGCUGACCAGAGCGUACAAAUCAGCGUUGAAUUCAGAGCAUUCCAGUAAAUUUUAUGUAUGAACCUUUUUUUUUGUUGUACCAUGACUAGCUGCACCAUAACUAGUUUUUCAUUUGUAUGAGAGUGGGUGGGCCAAAGAAAAGGAGUUACUUUUCUUGUUUUGUUGUUCUUUUUAUGUCUGCAGUUUUUUGUUUAACCUGGUCCUUUAUUGAUGUGUGUGUGAAAUUUGUUGUUCAACAAUAAACCUUUUAUUUUGUGAGUUGUAA